AUGAGUACCGCGACGUCGAAAGAGCUCCAGGACGAGCAGAGUGCCGGCGUGGUGGCAAACAUGAACGCUGAGAUGGAUGAGAUCAAGGCCAAAGCUAAGGCCGCUUACUUGCUCAAACUGAGAGCUUGGCAAGCAGAUGCUGAUGCGCGGCAACAAGAAAAGGAAGAACGAGAAGAAGCUGCCGCUUUGAGCGCGACAGCUGCAGUGGCGCAUCCAGCCCAGCAUCAGCCACAUAUGAGCGACAGUGAUCCCAUGAGCAUUGAUGGAGGUUCGCCGACGAGCCUGGCAGCUGAGGAAGACGAUGAGGAGGAGGGCGAAGUGACGGAGGAGGUGCUGAGCAGGUGGCAACCAAGGAAGCUGAAGUCUGCGGUGCCAGCAAGUGAAGGAUCACGGUCCUCAUCGAUGAGUGAAGCAUCUGGUGCGGACGUGGUCAAACAACGCCAAAGCAUUGCAGACACACAGCGCGUGGUUGACAGGGUACAGGCAGGAACAACAGAAAACUCGAGGCCAUCACCCGCCACGGCAUCAAAAGCAAACACUGAGCAGAGGCCACCUAACAAUCCUCUUGCAGUACCCAAGAGCUCCUCUGGAACAUCACGGCAUGAGGGCCGCGUGCUCGAUGAGACCAAGAGAAGCUCGACCUCGUCUUCGCGCGAUACUAUACCUGCGAAGCGACCCUCAUUAGAGGAUCUAGCGCGCAUCGUAAAGAAGCUCAAGCAAACACCGCAACCUCCACCAAAAGACUCAAAUGCUUCAGCGGGUGGUCUGCCUGCCUUGAAGAUCAGCAAGAAAUCAGGGACAAGCCUGAAGGAGAUGUCAAAUCGCGUGACGCCAGAAGUGACUACCGAGAUUGCGGAGCGCCCACCUGCCUGGUACAAGACGCUGAAGCCCAUGACGACGCGCAAUCCAGACGAAAGGAAUGCUCAGGUACUACUCGAACGGCUGAAGGCAGACGUGAAGAAAGCGAAGACAUCGAAAGGCGACAUGCAGCAGACCUUCGAGAACAUACGUGAAGAGCUACACAAGCUUGCAUUCGAGAAGGUAUCCGGUCCACUACUUCGCACCUGUCGUGCACUACAUGACGUGGACGGUCUGCCCCAGCUGUUUGAUGCAUCAUUCAUGGGGAGUAUCAAGGUUCCUUGGGACGUUCAGGCAGAUGCGGAGGAGCUGUACAACAAGUGGUGCAGGCAGAUCUUCGAGACUGAUCUCCUGCGUGGUAUCAUUGCUGGGAAGUCAGCUACGAAGCAUCAGGAGAAGUCUGUCGACACGAUCGAUCCGGCAUAUGACGGCAAGGUCUCUUCAAAAUUUCACGGCAAUGGACUUCUCCUGAACGGACAGUGGUGGCCUACUCAGCUCGCAGCAGUCCGCGAUGGUGCCCACGGCCAUACAAUUGCUGGCAUAUCUGGUACGAGCGGUGAAGGUGGAUACUCUUGUAUCAUGUCAGGAGGGCACGAUUACCCCGACGAAGAUCAUGGCGAUUGGGUGAAGUAUUGCGGUACUGACAGUACUGACGGAUCUGUCACGGAACCUACGCACCGGAUGCUUGAGUCAGAGAAAAGUGGCAAGCCCGUCCGCCUCAUACGCUCGCACAAUCUAAAAUCAGACUUCGCGCCGGAAAUAGGAUUCCGGUACGAUGGACUGUACAAGGUUGUUGGGAAUGUGAACCUUGAUGGGGUAGAUUCUACCCGUCAGAGACACCAGUUCAAGCUUGUGCGCCUGCCCGAUCAAGACUCAAUCCGUGGUAAGGAACCAGGCAAGCGGCCUACUGAGCAGGAGAUCAAGGCUCACAAGGAGCACAAGCGCCUUCGUGGUUGA